GGGGCUUCGGAAGCUGCGAGAGGCUCAUGUUUGCCGGCAAUGUGCGCGUGCCGGCUGCAAGUCCGGCCGCGGUGCCGGCGCCUGGCGCCUCGCCGGCCGUGGCUGGCGCGCUGGCGCCGGUGUCGCCCGCUUGCUUGGGCCACCGCUCGUGGCUGUGGCCGGUGGCCGCUGGUUCCAGGCUGCGGCGGCACGUGGCAUGUCGGGCGCGAAGGAAGCGCGAGCGUGAGGAGAUAGUUGCAGGAGAGGCUGACCCAGACGCAGUGCCCCAUGAAAUUGACAUGGAGGACCCCUCCCCUUUGGAGCGUCCUGCCCUGUACGUGGUUGCCACGCCUAUUGGCAACUUGGGGGACAUCACCUUGAGAGCCUUGCAGGUGAUGAGAGAGGUGGAUGCCAUAUUUGCGGAAGACACGAGGAGCACGGCGCGUUUACUUCAGCGCCUUGGUGUUUCCGCACCCCCACUGUUCAGCUGCCAUUCCUUCAACGAGGAGCAGGCUGGCCAGCAUAUCCUCCGGCGGCUGCGGGAAGGACAGUCGCUGGCAUUGGUCUCGGACGCCGGAACCCCGGUGCUUUCGGACCCGGGCUUUGCCGUGCUGCGCAUCUUGCAGGAUGAAGGCUUCCCGGUGCGGCCCGUGCCCGGCGCCUCCGCCCUCACCGCGGCGCUCUCGGUGGCUGCGCUGCCCACCUCCCGAGGUUUUCUGUUCGGCGGAUUUCUGGCGCCCAAGCCUACGGCCCGGCGCAGUCAGCUCCAGAAGCUGCUUCGACAGGCCUCAGCGGCUACGCUCAUCCUGUACGAAGCGCCCCACCGUUUGCUGACCACGCUGGAGAUGCUGCGGGAGUUCGCGCCCGCGCGGGCGGUGGUGUUGUGCCGUGAGCUCACGAAGCGCUACGAGACGCGGCUGCGAGGCGCUGUGGAGGAUGUCCUGCAGGAGGUGCAGGAACAUCCCGAGAAUCAGAAAGGCGAGAUGGUUUUGCUGGUUGAUGGAUGCGAAGCGGGAGCAGACGAUGGCGAGGGCAUGGUGUCUGCCCUUGAGGUCGCUCAGUUGCUGUGUACGGAGCUCGCCGAAAGCCGCGCGGCGGCGUUGGCGGCGAAGAUCUGCGGCGUGCCAAAGAAGCCGCUGCUGGAAAGCCUGCGGAUGGCAUUGAGGACUUUGCUACUGGUACCAGUACUUUGCGCCAGCGGCGCGAGCUGCGAUGCAGGAAACUGCGCCGCCAGCUCCGCAGCCCUUCUGCAGCGGCAGUCGCGCCAGGGGUUGUCCCAGAUCCUUUCAGACGGAGACGCGGAACUUGACCGCCACUCGAAAGAGUACCAGGCCCCGGCAGGAGAGAGCUUGUAUGGGCCAGACUUCACCGGUCUUACCCAGAUGGAAGGGCGCUUUGACUUUACAUAUGACCCUGCGGUGUAUGACCCUGCCACGUACAAUGGGUCACAGGCGGACGUAUUGGCUUUGCAAAAGCACAUGGCCGAAGUGAUGAAGAUGUCGCUGGCUGCCCUGGUUGGCAGUGGCGUGCAACCCAACGACAUCAAUGUUCAGUAUUUGUCUGAGACUCCAACCUCGCCACAGGGAACAUGCGUUUUCCACUUCUUGUGCCCACUGACCACAUCUCCGCUGAUCCUUGCUCACUCUAUGAAUCAGAUCACGGGAGCAACGCUGAAAUCUGAAUUGGAGGCAUUGGCAACUUCGAGCAACAUCGAUCCUGCACCUUUUCAAUUUCAGCCUGCUGAUGUCGUUGCAUCUUAUGCGGUGAUGUCGACAAGCACACCUGCAGCAACAACUUACUCUGCGGCGACAUCAAGCCAAAGUGGAAGUGAUGGCACUGGUGAUAGCCUCUACGGAGGUGGAAGUGAUGGCAGUGGUGAGAGCCUCUAUGGAAGCUUUGAGAGCACUGUCGAGGGCAGUUUUGUCUUGAGCUACGACGCGACUGCCCUCAACGACACGGCAGCUGCAAUGCUCCAAGCCCUUGGUGAGGCCCCGCUGAAGACUGCGCUGACUGGGCUCGUCGGGCAUGGAAUCAAACCAGAUGCUAUCAAGCUCCAGGUUGUGCCGAUCAUGCCGUCCGCCACGCCAGUUUUGUUGCAGCGCAACGCGGGGGAGAUCAAAAUUAUAUUUACAUUUGCUUGUGCAUCUGAUCUUGCCGCUCAGAUCGGCAGUACAUUGACGCAGAUCACAGAUGCCGGCCUAUCUUCUGCCAUCACAGACGUUUUUGUGAAGAUGGGGAUCGACCCUGCCCCACGCAUCAGCGUCAGCUACCUUGCAGCGACCUGGUUUGCUGGAACCACAGCGACAACAACGUUUGUAUCCGUGGCCAGCAGCACCACCAGGAUCAGCAGUGGAAGUGAUGGCACUGGUGAUAGCCUCUACGGAGGUGGAAGUGAUGGCAGUGGUGAGAGCCUCUACGGAAGCUUUGAGAGCACUGUCGAGGGCAGUUUUGUCUUGAGCUACGACGCGACUGCCCUCAACCACACGGCAGCUGCAACGCUCCAAGCCCUUGGUGAGGCCCCGCUGAAGACUGCGCUGACUGGGCUCGUCGGGCAUGGAAUCAAGCCAGAUGCUAUCAAGCUCCAGGUUGUGCCGAUCAUGCCGUCCGCCACGCCAGUUUUGUUGCAGCGCAACGCGGGGGAGAUCAAAAUUAUAUUUACAUUUGCUUGUGCAUCGGAUCUUGCCGCUCAGAUCAGCAGUGCAUUGGCGCAGAGCACGGAUGCCGGCCUAUCUUCUGCCAUCUCACACGUUUUUGUGAAGAUGGGGAUCGACCCUGCCCCACGCAUCAGCGUCAGCUACCUUGCAGUGACAUGGUUUGUCGGAACCACAGCGACAGCGACGACAACAUUUGCCACUGCGACAACAACGACGUCGCGGACUUACACCCUCGAAGACAUCCAUCCUUGUGAUAGCUUUCACGAGUUCAUGCCUGAUUCUUUGAUGUCAGAUCACGGCUGGUGCGAUAUGACUACGCAGAGUAACAUCUCAGAGUUUGCCUGCACCAGCGCAGGCUGCUCUGCGAUGGGCUAUCCCGAUUCUCCCUACUGCUACUGCGAGACAAAGCAGGCGUGUACCGCCGCAAAUCUGACGUACAAGUACCACACCUGCAAAGACGAGAUGUCGGCGUACACGCAUGGUGAGUAUCCAGCAUUGAUCAUCCAUGCUCGGGAAAAGCAGAGCUGCGAUGGAGUGGAAACCACUUGGAGCCAGAACCUGGGCGAUGCGCUGGAGUGGCCCGCAAGGAAGUGCUGCAAGUCAUGGCCGAAAACGCUUUGCAAACCGAAUGCAACACUGGCAACGCCGUGCAAGGAUCGCUCAGAUUUUCUGGCAACCGCGAAGAUUUCUGAAGGCCGAACUUGCAUGGAUAUGCUCAAGGAACUCUGGGAUGAUUACAAGAUCUUGGAAAACGCCUCGUCCACAGGCUGCGGCGCGGCUAUGACCUGGGGCACGGCGCUGGCGGACUGGGUGCCGCAAGAGGCCCGGCAGUGCUGCGGCUCCUACCCGGCCACGGUCUGUGACCCGCAUCUGAAGCCCGUGAGCAUUUGCAAGGCCGAGGCGGACUUCCAGCCGGAGAGCGUGAUGCACGAGUGGUGCCAGUCCAAUAGCAGCCAGCACGCGGAGACCAGGGAGGCGUGUCGGCGGCUGGGUGGGAACUGGACCAAGUACACCUGCGCGGAGCACGUGAAGUACUUCGACGCCCAGAUGCACAAGGCCCUGAACCAGGCCCACGAUACCGACACCUGCGCGGGGGUGGAUGUCUAUGGCCAGCCCCUGCUGGACCACAUCAGGUGGCCCGCGCAGAAGUGCUGCUCCUCCUACCCGGCCUCCGUGUGCGACAAGCAUGCGGUGAAGAUGGAUCCCUGCAAGAGCAAGGAGGACUUCUUGGCCCACCAUACCAUGCACCAGUGGUGCCAUUUCGACCACCCUCCACGACCAGAGGAUUGCAGCCACCACUGCGGUUCCGACUGCCACUGUGCGAGCCGUGGUCCCUGCGAGGCGCUGAAUGGCACUUGGAAGGAGGAGACUUGCGGCUACGUCUUCGACCAUUUGGAUAUGGAAACGCACAAGAUGCUCCAGACGGCCAGCGAGUCAGAGACUUGCGAGGGCACGGAUCUCCACGGCCAGUCUUUGGCUCAGUGGGUGCUGCCCUACGCGCAGCAGUGCUGCGCGUCCUAUCCGGCAUCCGUUUGCGACAAGGGCUUGGUGCGCAUGACGCCCUGCAAAGACGAGGGGGAUUUCAAGCCCAGCACCGUGAUGCACGCGCACUGCGACUUCAAAAGCACCUUCCCGGAGGCGAGCGUUUGCAACGCCCAGCCAGGCUGCAGCGGUUGGGAGAACCACUGCUACUGUCAGACGGAGGAGGGUUGCAGAGCGCUUGGUGCGACCUGGACGGCGCACACUUGCCAGGAUGAGCAGAUGCAGUGGGAUGUCUCCAUGCACCAGGUGCUGCAGGAGGCCGCUGCCGCGGGCAGCUGCGACGGCCUGGACAUGUGGGGCCAGGCGCUGUCCUCAGCCAUCUCCUACGCGGCGCAGACCUGCUGCGCCUCGACCCCGGCCACGGUCUGCGAUCCCACGGCCAAGAGCAUGACGCCCUGCUCCAGCGCGGACACGUUCACCAAGGACAAGGUGAUGUAUGCCUGGUGCGACCUCUACAGCAGCACCACCACGCCGGAGGCCUCGGUGUGCAACGCCCAGGAGGGCUGCUACGGGGACGUGGGCUGGUGCCACUGCGAGCAGCAGAGCGGCUGCGAGGCGCUGAACGGCACCUGGACGGCCUGGACCUGCGCGCAGGAGGUGGACCUCUGGAGGCCUGAGCAGCACAAGCUGUUGCACACGGCGGAGAUGAAUGGCACGUGCAAGGAUCACGAGUUGCAGGGCUACAGAGCGGAGGACAUGGUCUCGUAUCCGGCCAUGCAGUGCUGCAGCGACUUUCCCAAGACGCUUUGCCAUCCCGCAGUCCAAAAUAUGACGCCCUGCCUGAGGAAGCAGGACUUCUUGGCCAACAAGACCCGCUACAGCUGGUGUAACCUCUACCCCAGUCCCAAUGCCACCGACUGCGCUGCACACGGCUGCGUGGCGCACGGGGAUUCGUGGUGUGAGUGCACCACCGAGAGCUCGUGCACAGCCGCAGGUGGCAGCUUCUUCAAAGAGACCUGCGCCUCUGAAAUUUCGUGGUGGGCCCCCGGUACUCACAAGGGCGUGGAGGAGGCCAUCCAGAAGGGCAGCUGUUCUGGCGUCAACGGGCAGUAUGGCAGCAUUGACGCGUCGGUGGAUUGGGUAGGCGGGGAAUGCUGCAGCACUGGCAAGUCGGUGUGCCAGGAAGGGCAGCUUGCGCGUUGUGGUCAGACGGGCCGUGUUGCGGUCAGCCGUCAGGAGCUUGCAGCGAGCCCGAAACGCUGCAUGUCGGUCUACAAUGUGGACAAGCUGGUGGAAGAUGCUGCGCGGCGCUUUGCGCGAUGUGUGCCUUCUGCGGAAGAAGAUCUUCCGCUGAGGGAGGUCUGGGAUACUUUGGACCGCUACAUCGUCUCCUGUCUGGAGAAAAGGCACGGGAUCGUCGUGCCCCACUUCUGCCGCUUCGGAUGGCAGGUGGCGCAUCGAUAUCGCAGCAACAUCGUAGGACCGUAUUUUGACUUCCUGGACUCCUUCUGCCGGGCGUAUCGCGUUUCGGUGAGCAGGUCGCAGGCGCCGCCUCUGGAGGUGGACCUGGCGCACACCGAGGACUUCAACUUCUCCAAGGCGGCUCUUUGCUUCUCUCGCAGAUUGACCAAGGACCACCUCUCCGCUGGACUGCGCGUGCUGGUUCAUCAGAUUGGGGAGGUCAUGUCGCAGGGCAGGCCAAUGUCCUUGGAAUUCAGCAUGGGCAAGCUGAUUGCAAGGGAGCGUGAGGGACGCUUUCUGUUCUCGCCAGAGGUUGUGCAGACCAUUAUGGGAGAGCCUUCGGCAAGGGAGCCUGCGCCCGAAGCGUGGGUGCCGGCCGAGGAUGCUGAAGCAGGCGAGGUGCCGGGAGUGUCUUUGCCACGGGCGCCGAAGAGAGGCAGCUACUGGCGGCGCCCCAGGCCGAAAGAAAAGGCGUCCAAGAAGAAGGAAACGCCACGUGUGGUUCCCCCAAGGGGAUGCUCAUCGCGGUGUGAAUCGCAGGACAAGAGGCGCACGCCGACGCCUUUCCGCCCCGCGUCUUGCGCGGGGAGGCCGACAGAGCCAGCGACAGCGAGGCCGCAUCUGCAACAAGACGUGCCGGCGUCGCCCCCGCCGACCAUGGCGAUGAAAGGCAAGCAGGGCUUUCAGGCGGAGCCAGAGUCGUCACCCAGGUGCGACAAUGUCAAGGAGUGCCUGGACCAGCGCUUGGCGAUGCACAUCAAGGAGCUGGAGCAGCGAGCUGUGAAGGCGAUCAACCGGCGGGCCGAUGAGGCGAAGAUGAGGCAGAAGCAAGAGGAAAUCGAGCAGCGGCGUCAGCGUGUGGCCCGGCUGCGAGAAAAUGCGGACUUCCUCCUCAAACAAAUGGAGGACAAAGAGAUCCGACGAAAAGCUCAAGCAGAGUCGGAGAGAGAAAGUGUCGUCUCCACUACCAUUGGAUCCACACCCAGGAAGGCUGGCGUUUCCGAACAUCGCCGGGAUUUGCUCACCUCGCAUGACAAGGAGGACAGCGCCUCGCAGAUCACGGAGCAGUUGCAGCAGGACCAGCUGCUGCUGGGCCGGCCACGGCCUGUGGCGCUGCUGGGGCCCCAGAAGGCCCGGGAGGAGCUGCGCAGCGACCUCCAGGCGCAGAUGGAGGUCCGGCGGCGGCAGCGGCAGGAGCAGCAGCGACAGCGGAUGGAUGCGGAGGUCAACAUGUUGGAGCGCGAGUCGCACACCAUGACGCUUCAGAGCCAGUCGCUCAAGGCUGCGAAGCGGCGGCAGCAAGAGCUCUUGAAGGAAGCUUGGCGUCAGGGCUGCAAGCUGCGAGAUGUGAACAAACGGGUGGAGGCAUUAGAGGAGGACAAGCCUCUUCCCUAUCAGUCCGUCUUCGAGUGAGUCUCUGGGUUGAUGCAACUUGUGCAAAAGUGGACUCAACUACCGCAGAGACAGCAGGGACAACAAGACAGCGCCGAGCAUUGCUGUGUACUUGGCACAUUCUUCUUUGCCGAACUUGCACAUAGCGUGCGCGGGGAUGGAGCACGUGCGA